AUGAUGUUUUUCACGUGGUAUGGCCUCGUGUUCAUCACCGUCCUCUUCGUCCUCCUCUCCCCGGGGAUGCUGCUGCAGAUCCCAGGGGACAACCAGCCAGUGGAGUUUCAGAAUUGGCGCACCUCUCUGCCAUCAGUGGUGGUGCACGCCGUAGUCUUCCUCGCCCUCAUCCUGCUCUCCAAUUGGCUCUUCCCUUCCUUUCUACACGGCCUUCCCCAACACGACCUCCCCCCACUCAAUCCGUUUCCCACUCCGCCUUCCCCCUCUCCCCCCCUCUUCACCUGCCUCCCCACCAACGCUCACACUCAGCUUAGGCAGCACUUCGACGAGCUGGUGACUAGGGGGGAGGAGGAGGUGGAAGAGGAGGAGGUGGAGGAGGAGGAGGAGGAGGAGGAGGAGGAGGAGGAGGAGGAGGAGGAGGAGGAGGAGGAGGAGGAGGAGGAGGAGGAGGAGGAGGAGGAGGAGGAGGAGGAGGAGGAGGAGGAGGAGGAUGAGGAGGAGGAGGAGGAGGAGGAGGAGGAGGAGGAGGAGGAGGAGGAGGAGGAGGAGGAGGAGGAGGAGGAGGAGGAGGAGGAGGAGGAGGAAGCAUUUUCCCGAGAUGUCUCAACGUUCGAUUCAACUCCACUACCAGUAGCUACACAAGAAACUUCUCUAGCUUCUCUACCCUCCUCCAUUGUCCAUUGCCCCUCCACCGCCCUUCGCCUUGAGGAGGGUUCUCGAGCCUCCUCCUCAGUUGUUGCGGGCCCAGCACCAGCACCAUCGGCUCUAGCCGCUUCCUCCCCUCCCACUCCUUCUCUGCCUCUGUCCCCUUCCAUACAAUCACACCCCCUUCCUUCCCUCAUCCCCUGUUCCUCUGGCUGA